CGCAACGAGAACAGUUCAGAAAAAUUCGCUCAAGAUAAUUAUUCUUGUACUGUGCUCAGUUUUUAGUCUCAGCUUCAGUUUCAGCUUCAGCCUGAGCCAAUUGACUUCCUUAGUGUGCGUGGAGCAUUUUGUGUGUGUAUAACGAACAACAACAUCUCCGCUUAUCAUAAGGAUAUUGCGUCACUAUACGCUAAGUUGAGAGCACACUUCUAAGGACGCUUUUUCCCACUUUGUUUGCCGAGCAGUGCAAUCGACACAAACACAAUGAGACAUAAUUGCAACGGGAUUUUGCUGACAACGCUUGUCACAUGGACGAUUGUGGUGUGCAACUUGGUUAGUGGCACCACAGAGGCACAGGAGACGCCAUUGGCAUUGCCCGUGGCCGAGCUGACACAACCCACAACAGCCAUACAGGGUGAGGUCUGGGAGGAGGACGACCAUGAAGUCUUAAUACGCAAUGAGCGCGGCACAAAGAGCGAUGGCCUUUCAUGUCGUUAUGGCAAAAAUCCAUGGACUGAAUGUGAUACCAAGACCAAUACACGUUCACGUACAUUGACAUUGAAAAAGGGUGAUCCAGCCUGCGAUCCAACACGCACCAUACAAAAGAAAUGCAAAAAAGCGUGCCGUUAUGAGAAAGGCACCUGGUCCGAGUGUGCCACAGGACAAAUGACCCGAGCUGAUAAAUUGAAGGCGACCAGCGAUCCUUCCUGUGAAGCAACACGCAUCAUUAAGAAGAACUGCAAGCCCGGCAAGUCCAAGGAUAAGAGCGCCAAGGAACAGCGCAAGAACAAGGACAAAGCCGCUCGCAAAGGACGUGUCUAAAUAUUUUUGGUAGCAAACUUACUGAUUUUUUAAGUGUCAAACGUUAGUUUUUAUUCCCGAUACUCGUUUUACAAUGGAUAUAUAUAUAUAAUAAUAAAAAUGAUAUGAAAACGUAAAAAAUAAACCCAUAUAGACAUUAAUUACCAUGUAUAACCGUAAAGCAUUCUAUUUGAAUACAUUUAAUAAGAAAAUUGUAGUUUUUUGUUUUCAAACAAUCGAUAUAAAUAACAGAGUAAAUUUCAAUCUAUUAACAAAAUCUAAACAAACAAACCGUAUGCAAUACCCCCUAAAGAAGAUGAAUAUGUACCAACCAUAGAAGUACCAAGUAUUUUUGUUCAAUCUAAAUUUUAACUGCUCAGUUCCGCAAUACGAUUUCGCUCGAAAUUGGUAAAAACAAAAAGAAGGAAAGUUGAAUUCAAAUAGCAAUCAAAUCUGUUGAGAAAUCGCAUUACGGAACAUGUUUGAAUUUCAAGAUUUCACCAGACUAAUCAUCUAUAACCAGUUGGACUUUUAGGAAACAUGAUAGCCCUGAAGAUUGUGAAACAAUUGUAACUGGAAUACUUUCUCAUAGAUCAUUAGCCGAGUUGUUCUUUAAAUUAACUUUAUAUAAAUGAACAGAAAACAAAAAGUAAAGUAAAACCUUCCCAUAAAUAAACCAAAGUUAUUUCAACAUAAUUAAUGUAAAAUGUUUGUCAGAAAAAUAUCAGCUUCUGUAUUUGAUCUCAAAUAAAAACCAGAGAACAGAAACAGUGGAAAAUAAAAUAUAAAAAAUAAAACCGAUAUAAAAGUGAAUGAUUGAUAGAAGUAAAGCAUUAAAAAAAACCAAUUUUAGAAAUACAUCAAAUGCAACAUUUAAACAAGAAACACUUAGUGUAAAUAUUGUAAAAAGUAAUACAAUAGUAUUGCAAAGUAUUCGUAGUAAAGAGACGAGAGUUCGGCGAGAAGAGAAGUGAAAAGAGGAGAAGAUAAGAAGCGGCCAUGUCUAGGCACUACGCUGAAUGCGAUUAGCAUUUUAAAAAACAUAUACAAUACCCCCAUCAUCUACUUAUUUGGAUAAUAGUAAUAAUACUCAAAUACACAAAUAAACGAACACACAUACACACACACACAGAUACACUAACCUACAGUUGCAUUCAUGUUUUAUUGAACUGAAAAAGAAAAUACAGAAAAUGUUGUGGAAAUUAACAUUUUCGUGGAAAUGCAACUUACAUAAAGUAAAAUACCUUUUAUGCCGUUGUUGUAGCUGAUUAAAACAGCACAAUAAUUAUAAUAAUAAUAAUAAUAAUAAUAAUAGAACUUCAAGAAGACCAUGGUUCGUCAUUUUAAUAAAAACCCAAGAAAUUGAAAAUUUA